CGAACAACGGUCAGUAUUCCGAAAAACUUUGCCACCUCAACUUGAGAAGCCAAUUAGUUCUGCUUUCUGUGCGGAAGCUUGACAACAUCCGCCCGUACGAAUUUUGGCAUUGACAACAUCCGCCCGUACGAAUUUGGCAUAUUCACAAUUUCAUUUUGUUCAGAAGCAAACCAAAGUUCGUAUGAACGUCGAUUGCRAACAAGUGCGUGACAUYACACCCCGRUUACAGYAUAUUCGUCUUUCGAAAUCAUAUUUUACGGUAGUCCACAAUGCCAACCAUGAAACGAGUURUCAGCGCGCCUCAACUGCACCCACGAUUUGGGACACAGAGUUUCCAAAUGCGCGUCGAGAAGAUCAACGACCUCGGUCCCCUUCUCGAGCACAAGGAAUAUGGGACAGAAUCACCGCAGGCGGUUCGCACGCCGUCGAAUGAGUCAGAUAAAUACGGUACAGAGCCAACAGAUGACGAAGAUUACGGAUUCUACGACGCUAUCGAUGGCAACCAGGAAGAUAGCGAACGAAGCAGCACAACAAGCUCACUUCAAGAUGAAAUUCAAAAUUCAACUCCCUCCGCAGAAAUAGCUUCAGGUCGGCCUUCAAGGCGGCGGUCUAGUGGGAAAAAAUCCUCCUUAAAACAAAGAUCCUCUUAUGGAGAAGAUUUCAUUCCAUUGGAUUUCGAACGAAAAGAAUUUAAUCGGGUUUUGCCAAAGCCCGAUUUAUCACAGCGAACGCGUGUUCCUGAGGGUGMGUCGACUGAAAAGGCAAACGGAAUGAUUCGCAGCAGCAGCUCGGGACUAUUUCGAGUUGUAUCAGAACCUAUUCUGUUUCGUCCUAUUUACCAGGAGCAGUUUGAUAUUGAUGAUUUGUCUUCCAACAACGAAGGAGGGAGAUUAGAAAAUUCCGACGCUUCAAACAGCGAUGGGAAUGCGUUAGAUAAUUCUGAUUCGUCAUUCGUGGAAGGUGCGAUGAAGAAGCGUAUCUCCUUUGGCACAAUUCAAAUCAGGGAGCAUUCGGUAACCAUUGGGGAUAAUCCAUCUUGUAGCUACGGGGCGCCAAUCCAACUUGAUUGGAAGCACGAAGAUAUGGAAGAUUUGAAGGUAGAGGAUUACGAGGCCUACCGUCCGAAAACGAGAACGAAAGAUAAACUCUAUUUGAGUCACUUCAAGAGAAUGGAUUUGCUAAAACAAAGCGGUCAUUCUACCAGCGAAAUCAAAGAGUCAAGACGUAAGACAAAGAAACACCGAAAUCAACGUGAGUGGACCAAGUUUGUUGUAAUGAAUUAUCCUACGGUAUCAACUAUGGAAGACGCCAUAGAGUCGGGCAUCCGAAAGAUGAAGAGGUCGCUAUCCAAAUCCAGCUUGGGUAGCAAAGAAGAUAUACCGAGAGUUAGCAGUAAGGACGACAUGAACGUCAUCAGAGAUAAAGCACUCCUUCUGGAUAUGAUAGACAACGACGGUUCAAACGCUACUGCUCCGUUUUAGAUGACUUCCUUCUUAYUAACUUACAGCAACGACCGCUACUAAGAGGAAAAUAGAAUAAUGGUAUAGAA